AGUUGCGCGAUAACUUCCGUGUGGGCUAGACGUGCCUGUGCUCCUGGUGUGCCGUAUUCACUGUGCAAUGCGUGCCAGGGACGUGUGAGAACAUCCGAAAAAUCAACCCUAAUCAACCACACAUUUACACACGCGGGGUUGGGGGUCACUGGCAUCCCCAACAUCGGGACAUUCGCUGUAAUCCCAGCUUCCAGCAGUUUGCUGCUGGAUUUCGCAUGCAGUGGUUGUUCGCUCCAGCGCUGCCGUGUGCUUUUGCCCAACAACCAACACCCACCCCUCACAAUAUAGUGCGAUAGCUUUUUGCGUGGGAUUUUGGCGCGUUUCGUGUGACGAACCCCAAAAAAAGAAUUUUUUCUUCAAGAAAAAAAAAAUUAAAAGAUUUUCAUUUUUGAGACUGAAGUGAUUUGCUGAAAGCUGUGAGUUGUGGCAUCAGGAAUCUUAGCACUUCACGAGGCUCUCUCCCGGGCGGGUGGCAUGGAUUUUCAGAGUGCAAUGGAGACCUUUGCCGAAGCGUGGGUCGCCGCAAAUGCUGGACAGCAGACUCAAGCCCUUGCGCUCACGAGGUCAAAAACACCCAAAGAUGAGCAACCAUCGCCACCGAGUGGGCAGGAUGCGAGGAGUCCACGUGAGCGCUCGAGGAGUCCAAAGUAUCGUCCAUCCUCGAAUGCAUCGUCGAGUCAUGCAAAUCAAGAGCAACUGCCCACUGCUGCCAUUGCAACCACCCCAACACCCGCAUCCAACUACUUUGGCCUUGCCGCCAAGGGUGGUGUUACGGGGCCAAAUGUUCAGAGUGGAAAUAUCACGGAAAAUGGAACAACACAGAGCAACAAUUCCCCACCAGUCGACAGGAAGGAUUUUGAUUUUUCCAAAGUAAAUUCAAAAUCCCUCCCUCUACACUGCAUCGUGGAGUCUGUGGCUUCACUGCAAUCAUCCCUGAGUACCGAUGCUCGUGGUCCGUGGAAGAGGAGGUCCAACAUUGAAAUGGAUAGCUAUGUGAUCGUUCCUGCUGUAACGCAGUUCUGCAAUAUUGUCAAUACUGCCCUCCAGCGGUUGGGCUAUUCCCCGGAAACAUCCCAAACUGCCCGAGGGAGUAUUGUGAUCAAGAAUUGGAAGCCACUAGCGCUGGAGAAGAUCUGCGAUAGUCCCCUUGUGACUGUGGGAGAUGUUCUGGGUGAAUUGACAUCUGUGAUCACACUGAGGAUUGUUAUUCUACGCACGAAGCCAUCGACUCUGUCGGAGAUUAAGGACAAACUCCUCCGGCUACUCAUCCUACAAUCUCAUGCACUCCUGCGUUCCUCUGGCUGCCCACUCGAUGAGAUAACUCUGUCGCAGUUGUGCCGCUCAAACACCUUCCAGAGCCCUUUCCCAUUUUCAGCGGAAGCAGCAGAUGAUAUUCGUCGCAAAUUUGAUUCGUGGUGGUCAAGUCAAUUGUCUCCCCAAACAAACCCUUUGGCCCACAAACUCCUUCCCUUUGUCAAUCCACCAGCAGCAUCGCUGGAUUUUUCCAAGACAGCCGAACACCUGCAUGCUAGCCACGACGUGAUGCUGGACAAUCAUCAUCAGCCACAUCACAACAUGAUCGUUCAUCCGGCUCUGCAGACGGUGCAUUCGCAGUACCCCAGCCAGAAGACACGGAUGCGAACGAGCUUUGAUCCCGAAAUGGAGCUACCAAAGCUACAGCGUUGGUUCCAGGAGAAUCCCCAUCCAUCCCGCCAGCAAAUCCAAUCCUAUGUGAUCCAAUUGAAUGCCCUUGAAUCGCGUCGUGGGCGGAAGCCACUUGAUGUGAAUAACGUCGUGUAUUGGUUUAAGAAUGCACGAGCUGCUCAGAAGCGCGCUGAGCUGCGUGGCCAGAGCAUGAGUAAUGGAUUUAGUGGGACAAGUGGGCUCAUGAUGUCCCAGAGUGGGUAUAUGAAGAGUCCCCACAGUAUCCCCUCUGAGGACAUUGACAAUCUCUCCCAGCACUCCGAUGAUCUCGAUGAUGAUCUGGACAGACCACCGUCUCCACAGCUCCCUCUAUCGCUGACAACACACGAACGAAAUCGUUCACCUGUGAGUGAUGACCGUGACACGUCGUCCGUUAAGGUGGAACGCGAUCGCGAUAGCCCACCGCCAAAACCCCAAAAUGGUGCUUCAGAGCAAACAUCCGGUGAUGCAAAUCAGACAACAAAUCACAACAGCACCAACCACACUCAAGACUCACGAAGUGACUCACCGAAAACCUCCCCAAAAUCCGAAGAUCUCGACAUGGAGGAUUCCGAUGUGAAUCCCAUGGAAGAUUUCAGAUCCCCAUCCCCGGAUUCACGGAGAGACCUACCCUUCCCCAUGGUGCCCAAUUCAAUGUUCUCCCAUUCCAUAAUGUACAUGAGUCACUACAUUCCCACGGCCAUGGGGCAGAAUCCCCAUCAUCCGCAGCAGCAGAGCCUAAGCCCGAGUUCCCUGACACAGGGUGGGCUGAAUCUGUCGAGUUUGUCCAGCGACGAGAGGCGCAAGAGGAAUAGAACCUUCAUUGAUCCGGUCACGGAGGUGCCGAAGCUUGAGCAGUGGUUUGCAAUGAAUACUCAUCCCUCACAUAAUUUAAUUCUGAAGUACACCGAAGAUCUCAAUCGCAUGCCAUACAGACAAAAGUUCCCUCGACUUGAGAGCAAAAAUGUCCAGUUUUGGUUCAAAAAUCGCCGAGCCAAAUGCAAGCGCCUCAAGAUGUCCCUGUAUGACACGGCACAGCUCUCGAGUCUCGGUUCGACGUUCCAACAGGAGCUGGAGGAGCGUAAGAUGACCUCACUGUAUCCGCAUAGCGAUCGUGAUUUGAAUUGAGACCUACUCCGGCACCUAAAUCCAGCGGUAAGUUGGACACAGGUGGACUAUCCGCGGCAUGCGGAGCAAAGAUAUUUAGCAAUAUAAAAUCCCCAAUUUAACAUUUAAAAAAAAAUAGUAACUUUAUUCCGCGAAUAGUAAAACCCUCAAAAUACACGCAGUGAGACUGAGAUGUUGAACAUCUCGGUUGAAACAUAAAGGAAGAAUAAUCUGAUAUGUGAAAAAUUCUGUAAGAUAUGAAAAUCAUGUACAAUUUGCAGUUAAUUAAAGUAUUUUCUCUUUUGUUUUUUUUUUUGACUAAAUAAGUGAAAAGAAGGUAAUUUGUAGGUAUAAAAACUUAACGUAUAAAUCAAUUUUGAUGAUCGCAUACCAAAGAACUAGAAAACAAAACAAAAACAUUGGGAGAUUGAGGGUAGUGCAGGUGAGUGACUAAAAGUGAAGAAGAAAAAAAUUCUUACAUGAUAUGAUAUAUACAUAAUAAUCCAUAUAUUAAUGGAAAAGUUCGUUAUAUACAUUUAGUGUUACGUAGAUGAAAUAUUAAUUCCAAUUCACUUAACUUAUUAAAUAAGCUUUACUGAAAGGAUGAACAUUCAAAAUUACAAUUCAUAGAAGUAAAUAAUGAGGAUGAUGAUGCUACAUCGCUUUAGGAUAAAUUACAUAAUGCUAUAUAUACAUAUAAGUAUUAUAGUUUUCCCUUUUACAAUGACCUCUGUUAUUGGAUUGUGAGGAGAAAGAGAUUUUUUUAAUUUGCAGAUUCUUAGCAGAAAUAAUGAGUUUUGAAUGUUUUUAAUUUUUUUUAUUAAAAUGAAUAAUAUUUUUUUGAGCUGAUCUUUGGUAUGGUUAAAAACGUUUUCAAUUGGUACGUUUUUUAUUUGAAAAUUAAAUAAUUUUCUGAUUCAAAUAUUUAUUAAAAUCUUAAAGAAAUGCUUAAAAUAUUUUGAUAAAAUUUCAAAAUUUCUGAAAUGUUGUCACUGAUUUCAAUAAAAUUGAUAAGUUUAGAAAGAAAAUUAAUUUUAUCUUAUAAUUUUUAUUUCGUCUCAAACUUAAUAAGUUCUGCUUUAAUUUAAUCUCAUCCGAUUUUGAUAAACUUCAUUAAGCUUGGAUGCGAUUUUUUUUUAACCAUUUUAUGACACUAAAAUUUUUUUUAUUUAUGCUUUUAACUUAAUCGUUUAAUCGCUCAAUUUAAAUUAGUAAAGUGAGUAAAAACUUUGUAAAAAAAUAAAAAAAAAAAUAUCAAUUAUAACUUGAAGUGUAUUAAAUCUUACGAAAGAAUCUUAAAAACAAUUUAACUUCCCAAAAAAAAAAUUUUUUUCAAGUUCAAAAAUUCAUUUAUUUCUCCUAGGAAUCUGUGCAAUAUUGUAUUUUUUUUUGUUUUGUUUCAACAUUUUGUAAAUAAAUUUCCGUAGCUCUAAAAAUGCAAGAAAAGAAAUCCAGUGUAACUUAUCGAUCAAUAAAAUGAGACAAUUAUUGACCC